UUACGAUUUUCGCUUGAAAUGGAAUCGCAAAAUGCGAUUCCCUUUCAAAACAUCCACGCCGACAAUCUAAUUUACUUAUUUUUUUUUUGUCACUCUGAUGUUUCUAGAACGUCUAAAUUAUUUCUGACGAUUAGUCUGAAAAAGUCAAGAGACUGUUAGCUCUUACAGUACUAAUUCUUAACGUAUGAAUUCUUCUUAGCGAUAUAAUAAAUCUACACUCCCAGCCAUAUAUUUCAUAACGAAACGCCGUUCAAUUAAUUCCACGUCGACUCGGCUUGAUACUGGCUCGUCUGCUGAGACGAUUGUUACGAAGCUGGGGAGUACGCGACAAACUGUUAUCAGUCUUGGUUCUCUGUGCUGGUGAUACUCGGGGAGGGGCAGCGUAGCGAUAGCGCGACUAUAUAUAAGCCUGCGCAUUCGUCUCCGCCAUCAGUUUAAUAUUCCCUGACGUUUCGCUUUGCUGGAGUAGCGUUUGCGAUUCACGACAUUCUGGUCUCUUAUCGUCGCGCCAAGAUAAUUAAAAAGAAAAAAAAAGAGAGGAGCACUGUAAAUAGUUGUGGAUCUUUCAGCGCGCGCAGUAAAGAGGCCAGCCAAGGUGACGCGCAACUACAGCUCGAUCGGCGAAGAUUCAUCGCACUUCUCUUCCACGUCUUCUUCUUCCUUCUCCUCGUCGUUCCAUUCCGUCAAUAAGCGCGGCAAAGCAAUACGCAACCAGGAAAGAUGGGACUCUCUUAGCAUCGACCGAUGCUGGCCAUUCCCGCGAUUACUAUCGAUUGAAUUGCUUCGCCGUCCUCCGAACAGAUCAAACUCAUCAGACUUUAUCUUUACCUUUAACCAUUACGUUAUUAAAUCCGGCGAAAAUAGCACGCGCGAGAGCCGUCUCCAGAAGUGCGGCGGCAGUGUCUUAUUCAUUCGCGACGAUCGUCCAGCCCAGUUAUGUUCUCGAUCAAGUACAGCAAGCAAUUCCUGAGCUACCGUAUACUCAAGUCCAACCGGUUCAAAUAUAUCUGACGAUACGAACUCGGACUACGUAGUAGAGGGUGUGCGCAAGGUGGUGUGUGUGUAUUGUACUGCGGGCGACUUGUCGUACCUAUACGGUGUUCAGGAAGACGCGUAGGAGAGACGGGUGUCCCCCCCCGGCAAGACCUGGAAAGUCUUGUGUCAGAGAGCCAAUGGCCGAAUCGGUUUGCACGGCGACGCGAGCUUGAGGGAGUACGUCGACGGCGACGACGCGCCGGAAAACCGGCGUCAUCGAAAGUCGCUAGUAAGGCGAAUCUUUCGAGGGCAAGGGACACGCGAGAGAGCCUGGAAGAGGAAGAAAAAAAAGAGAGAAGGAGAGAAAUCGUUGCGAAACAAACGGAAUUGGAUUUUAAUGAAGAUUCGACGAUCUCGUCGUCGAUGGGAUUUUUGACCAGAAAUAAAAGUAUUGUAAAAUAAUAAGUUUGCAAGGAAAGCGGUGAGAAUUGAUUUACAACGAAUUGUUUUAUUAACAAGAAACUUGAGUAAGAGAAAAUUCAGAUUGACAAUCGGAACAAAAAUUUUGUGUCAAGCUGUAAGAGAUUGUGGCGGUUAAUGAUUUUAUUAUUCGGAGAAUUUUUUUAAGUAGGACCUAAAUUGAAAAUUAGUCAUUAGCGAGAAACAAAAAAAGUUCCGAAGGAGACUUCCUCCGAGGAACAGAUUCAUCUAGAGUAACGACAUCGCUCGAGGGUAAUGCGCUUGUAUGUCAGCUCGUCGAAAGAUCAUUAGAGCGAGGAUCGAGCGGCAGGAUCGGAGUUGAGUGAGCGAAAAGCAAAAUCACUCGGAAAUUCCUUCAAGAGGAGCGCAGCUUUUCACGACCAUCUAAACGUGCACGUUCACCGUAUAAUACAUAUUCGCGCGUAUGUGGUGCGCAUAAUCGGGCCUGCAUAAAACGCGAAUUAAAGCGGAGUCACUAAUUAAAGCGAGCGGGAUCUGCACGUCUUUGGCGACGAUCGGCGGAAUCGGUUUGAAGUCGCGGAGGCAAAAGUAAUUUAAAAACAAACCAAAAAAAAAAAAAGAAAAUGAUCGUUUAUGUUCCGGGCAGAAUGCCAACUCACGUUGGUCCCUACGGCGCCGCUCGUUACCCGGGCACCCUGCUAGGAGCCGUCCCGGGUUUUUACAGCCCGGUUUCCGGCUACUCCACCAGCCCGAUCUCGAGCUACUACGGGAGCCUCCAGCAACCACCGCUGGACCUUCCGGUUUGGCCGCGGAGGAUGCCGGCCGAGGAGGAAUUAGGGGCCUCGCCGGCCGCUGGCCUGACCGGGCUGGGGGUGUCUCCGAGCACCCUCGGCAACGGCGGUCCCCCGAGUCCGGCGCACAGCGACUCGGAUGCGUCUAGCUCGAGCUUGGAACUGGGCACCAUCAGAACCGGCGAAAACGCCCAACUAAAAUGCAGAUGGCAAGAUUGUGGUCGAUGGUUCACGUCCCUGGAGCAACUAGCAUCACACGUUGGGAGAUUGCACGCGGCACCUGGUCCGCGAGGUCUGUUUUACUGCGGAUGGGAGGGAUGCGCAAGAGGCGAGCGUGGGUUUAACGCGAGGUACAAGAUGCUAGUCCACGUACGGACGCACACGAACGAGAAGCCGCAUCAUUGCUUCCAGUGCGACAAAAGCUUCAGCAGAGCGGAGAAUCUCAAGAUCCAUGCGCGUUCCCACACCGGCGAACGUCCUUACGUCUGUCCCGUCGAGGGCUGCAACAAAGCUUACUCGAACUCCUCAGACAGAUUCAAGCAUACCAGAACUCAUGCCGUGGAUAAGCCAUAUUACUGUAAAGUGCCCGGUUGUCCGAAAAGGUACACCGAUCCGUCGUCCUUAAGGAAGCACGUCAAGACUUAUCGUCACUAUGUGAAUAACAACGACAAGGUACAGGAGAAAAGCUUUGACGAUACCAAUGUCCAGGAGAAAACGAGAUUUGACGCCAAUUCACCCGAUAAGCAGAGCAGCAGCGCGCAAUCCGAGUCGGAUAAGAAGGAUUCGAGCAUCGAGAGUAGCAUGUCGGGUUGUAGCCCAAAGACCAGCAAUAGCUUCGAGGAGCAGAGGAACUUCGUCGAGUGGAACAAUAUGUACAAUCUUCAGGAACAGCAAAAGGAACAGGAACAGGUCACUCCACCGAAGCCUUACGAGGAUAUAAAAAUCUAUCCGAGGAUGUAUGACGAUACUUACAUUAUACCGGAUAGGAUUCAAGUAAAUCCCAUGUACGCUUCCGGCAGUACCAUAAUCAAGGACAGCCCUGUCGCAUCGUCGCCUCACACGAGUCCGGGUCGAGUGUCCGAUACGAUGCCGCGUAUUGGGAUGCAGUCGACGCCCAUCAAGACUGAGGAGCCCAUGGAGUACAGCGUUACCAAGACCACCACGGUGGACUACAGGAACAUCGAGUCAAUUGUCAACAGUACACCCUGCAAGAAGGAGAACAUAAUUAGUUGCGAUCCAGUGAGACACUCGGUGAUCAAGCGGGCGGAGGAUCUGAAAAUGGAGGUGGAGCAGACGCCGAUCAAGGAGGAAUUGAAGGAUACCAGCGGCGAUUGCUGCUGCCGGCACAAGUGUUGCGUGCACAGUAACGACAGCAUCCUGCAGAAAACGAAAAUCCUCUCAGACCUCAUUCUCAAGACACAAAAUCCGCUCUUCCGGCAUCUAUUGGGUUCAGUAGACUUGCAGUACGGGUUAGAGAACGUAUGGACCAACAUCGUAGAUACUAAUAACACAUGUGGCCAAGAUCUCAGAGUGAAGAACGAGAACGUUACCGAGAUGGAGCAAGACCUGCCGCUGGACUUGACGAUCAACAAAUAAUGAACAAUUGGCUGUCAACACAAACCAAAAAGUCCAUAGUCGUCAAUACAAAUUUUAUUUUUAUCUGACAAAAUACGAAUUAAACAAAAUAUCAUAAAUUUUAGAUGCAGACAAUCAAUAUCAUAAUUAAUUAAUCGACAAAGAAUAAUUAAUCAAUAAAAUAAAAGGUUUCGAUCGCAUUGCAAAACCAAAUAUAUUUUAAUACCUUGUAAUAUGAAAAAGAUGAUGAAAUGGUAGCAAUUCAAGAUACAAGAAUUUGCUCAAUUCAUAGUUGACUAGAAAUUGUUGUACUAAUCGAACUGUUAAUCAAAGAUAAGCAAAUUCUAGCUUAUAAAUGCAACGUGACAAUUUUAAUUAACUUUAUCGAUUACUCAGAGAGACAACGUUCCCACUUUCGAAUUGGCUAUCAAAACUCAGAUAGGUGGCUAAAAUAAUAAUGAAAAAAGAGUUAAAUUGGGAACUUAUGGUAAGGCUGUAAAUAUAUCUGAAAAAUAUACACAAAAAUACAAAAUAAUUGGUUUUUGAUCAAUAAUUUAUCUAUUAGAAUUGAAUUUCAAGAGUUAUAGUUUUUAUAAUGUGAGAAUUAUAUCUCAAAACUCUAUGUAAACAAUAAACAUAUGUAUCAUAUGUAUAUAGAAAUUUAUAUGUAUGUAUAUGUAUGUGUGGUGAAUCAAAUGAUUGAUAAUAUGGAGUAAAGUGCCCAGAGAACAUUAAGAGACGUCUUACAAGACAUCUAAAAGACAUCUUAUAAAAUUAUCAAAAA